AUGCUGGCCGUGGAUGAUGGUUUGAUAGUUUACGGACCCAGACUUCUCAUACCUCGCAGCCUGCGUAGCGAAACUUUACAGUGUCUACAUGACGCUCACCAAGGAGUGGACCGCACCAAGCGUCGAGCACGCCAGACUAUAUAUUGGCCAGGGAUUGACAGGGACGUUGAGAAUACAGUGAAGUCUUGUUCUCGUUGCCGAGAGCUGUUACCAGGUCAGCAGAAUGAGCCUUUGAUGCAGGAAGACUUGCCAAGUCGAGUAUUUGAGUCCGUGUCUGCUGAUUAUUUUCAUAUCUCUGACAAGACAUUUCUUGUGUACGUUGAUCGCCUAUCAGGUUGGCCGUAUGUAUCUUCGUGCAAUGGAUCAACUUCUGCAGCUCAACUAGUUAGUUUGUUGAGGCCAAUAUUUUCAGACACAGGUGUGCCUGUAGUACUGAAAACGGAUGGAGGACCGCAGUUCGCUUCAUCAACAUUGCGGCGUUUCCUUGCUCGAUGGGGGGUGGAACACCGUGUAACAUCGCCCUAUAAUCCAAAAGCAAAUGGUCAUGCCGAAGCUACCGUGAAGAUCAUCAAGAAGUUGAUUUUGACGACCACAAGAAAUGGCAAGCUGGAUGAGGAUGAGUUCGCACGAGGGCUUCUUGAGCUCAGGAAUACUCCACGGGCGGACGGUAGAUCUCCAGCGCAAAUCUUGUUUGGACAUCCUUUGCGUUCCAGGAUUCCGGCUCAUCAUCGUUCAUUUGCAAAGGAAUGGCAACGUACAGCUGACGAAUGUGACAUAAAGGCUAAGUACCUUCGGCAGCAGGCAAAGGAACGGUAUGAUGCCACUGCUAGACCACUCUCUAAGCUGAACCUUGGUAUGUACGUGGAUCUGCAGGACCCUAAGACAAAACGAUGGGAUAAACCAGGAGUUGUGGUCGGAAUUGGCACGAGGAGGGAUUACCUCGUGAAGACUGGGAGUGGGCGCAUCUAUUGGAGAAAUCGGAGGUUCCUACGACCUCAUCACCCUUUUAUGCCAGGAGACAUUAUUUCUCCGCCUAUCUCGGUGUUGGGUGGCGAAGCUUCAGGAUAUGGAGAUCGUAGAUCACCUGCAACAUCACCUAAGCCUGAUACUCAGUUAUCAGUUGCCUUACCAGUACGACGUAGUGGACGUCAGACACGGGCACCAGAGCGUUUAGAAAUAAGAUGGGACUCGAAAUCAUAUACUAAAUAAGGACCUUAAGAUGCCAGGUAUCCUUGUAUUGCACCUGCCAUCUUGGGGGGAGGUGUGAGAUUGCUAACUACACUUUGGUGUAAUUAGUUGUAUAACUACAUACUGUAUUUAUACGUAACAAUGUAUUUAUUAUAAUUGUACCUUUUACUCAAACUGUUGAGUACUGUAAUUAUUACUGUUUACCUAUUAAUGAAAUCUACAAUGUAUAUUUAGUUUCUGUUAAGCUGCCAUACAGUUAAGUUUACAUAAUAUAUGAAACAACGAAUUCUGUGUUCUUUCUUGCCCUGCCAUGAAACAGAAAUCCAA